UGAAAGCCAGCCUUCAGUUUGUUGACAUAAAUACACAAACAUUGUGACAAAAAGUACCGUCGCAUUCAUGUCUAGGAUGGCGAAGGCGAUGUCCAAGUUCCGGCUUGCAGUCAUCCAGCUGCAAGUGGGCAGCGUCAAGGCGGACAACCUGAGCCGCGCCAGGCGACUUAUCGACGAGGCGGCGGGACAAGACAGCAAAGUGGUAUUACUGCCGGAAUGCUUCAAUUCGCCCUACGGGAGCGGCUUCUUUCCCACUUAUGCUGAAAGGAUCCCUGGAGAGUCCACGCAACUUCUGUCCCAGGCGGCCAAAGACAACAAGGUCUACCUGGUAGGAGGAUCCAUCCCCGAGGAGGAUGGAGGCAAAUUAUACAACAGCUGUCUCGUGUUUGGACCUGAUGGACAACUCCUUGUCAAACACAGGAAGAUCCACCUGUUUGACAUCGACAUUCCAGGCAAAAUUCGCUUCCAGGAGUCAGAGACGUUGAGCCCAGGCAACACCUUGUCCAUGUUUGAAACACCCUUCUGCAAAGUGGGCGUGGGGAUUUGUUAUGACCUGAGAUUCGCAGAGCUGGCGCAGCUCUACAGCAGGAAGGGGUGUCAGCUGCUGCUCUAUCCAGGAGCCUUCAACAUGACCACGGGUCCUGACCACUGGGAGCUCCUGCAGAGGGGCAGGGCUCUGGACAAUCAGGUGUACGUGGCCACAGCUUCACCCGCCAGGGACGAGAGCGCCUCUUACGUGGCCUGGGGUCACAGCACUGUGGUGAACCCCUGGGGGGAAGUUAUCUCCAAAGCCGGAGCAAAGGAGGCUGUGAUCUACGCCGAUAUCGAUCUGGAGUACCUGGCCGACGUGAGGCGGCAGAUCCCCAUCACGGCCCAGCGCCGCCACGACGUCUACGCCGUGACCUGCGCGCAGGGAGAGGCCAGAUGAUGGUCCGACAGAGAGAGACCGCGAUGACGAAAUAGCAACCGCAUCUCACUUGUGAUUGAUGUUAUUAAUCAUGAUGCUUCUGAACGUGUGAAUUGAGCAAUAUGAUCGCACAGAGUUAGGUAAAAACGGAGCUAGCUUGACUUUGAAGUGUCCCAACUUGGGGAUUUUUCAAGGCACAAGCUGUCGCUUGACUUUUUCCUGGAACGGGCUGGAAGCGAUUAAUAUAAUUUCAGUGAAUCAAUGAGCAGCAUAUUUGCUUUAUCUGCAAGAGGAAUAAAGUAAAAUCUACACUUGGAUGUAAA